UGAACGCAGAGGCCAUCCAUACAUGCAAAUACUUUUGGUUCCUUAUAUACUAUAAUUGGUGAAGGAAGGAAGGAAGGAAGGCCGCAUGACGACUCCUUUUGGGCUACCGAUCACGGAGGACACCGUGGGAGCAUUGUCCAGGUACCAUGGAAAGAAGGUGAUCACCCAGGAUGACUGCGCACGAGAAGCCAUGAGGCUGAUACACGCCGAGGGCAAGAACCUGGAUGCUCUCGAACACGCGUGGAAGCUCAAGGAAAAUUAUGGCAAUGGGAUGAGCACCUUGGUCCUCGUCUACAACGCCACCGGCGCCCGCGUGACCUUGGAGCAGAGGCAUGACUGGCAAGGCUACGUCUAUAGAAACCAGCCGCCGCCCAGCAUGCACAACGGCCAGUGGAUCUCCUUCCUCCACGUCGGGACCGGCACGGCCAGCCGUGCCGGCAGGGUCUUCCGUGGCCGGGACAAGAACGGCAAAAUUCGCGACUUCGUCGUCGCCUGGUUUAUCCCGUUGAACCUCCAGCCAACAGCAGUAAGUACUGAGUAGUAGAUAUCGUCUACAUAUUUUUUAUACAUUCA